UCUCUCUCUCUCACUCUCUCCCCGCCUCUGUCACCUCCCUCCUCCACUGCUUCUGCCUGGUGAGUGUGUGGAGGGGAUGGGAUUAACACACACACAGACAGACACACACAGACAGACACACACUGAGCCAUGUGGGCUGGAGCGCUCACCUACACGAGACCGAGAGACAGGAAUGUACAUUCUGCCGCAUCAGUCGGGUUUGAGGGAUUUUGGGCACGCAUUUCAAGACGUGAAGAUUUAUGGAAUCAUUUUAAGUGAACUUUUUUUCUACAAUUUCAUAUUUUCUUUAUCUCAAGACUGUUUUUUUUAAUUUUUAUUGGGGUCUGGCUUUUUUGUUUUUGUUCUUUUUGUUAUGACUUGGAAUUGCACCAUGCAGCCAGCAUCAGUAUGCAGAGCUGAUCUGAUUGGCUGAUCUUUGUGGUGCUAAGACAGCAGGAUUGGUCCUGUUUUGGCUCCUCGGUUUGGGAUGUUGUUGUCAGAUGGAGAUUUGAAGUGAUUUGAGAGUCUCGUUGUUGUGACGUUUUCUACUUAUUCCUGUUUUUAUUGAUUAGCCAGGGCAUUUGUUUAUGCAAUUUUUUCGGUUUUAUAUUCAUAGUCUGAUUUAUUAAUAGGAUUCUGAUUUUGGUCUCGGAGCCAGCAUUUGAUUUAAACCCUCCAGUGUGAGUUAAAUUCACAACAAAACUACAGGUCCCACAAUGCCGAGCAGAGAGUCGUACAUUGUUAAAAGAGGUAAAAAGCAAUCACGCAGGCGAGCUGAGAAGGAAACAGGUCAGAGGAGCGCUUUGUUUACCACAGCUCUCGGUCUAAAUGUCAGCCCCACCUCCCCUGCUUCCACCUUCUGGCAACCAAUCAGAUCUUUUGCCCUUUCGCAGCUCACAUCGCUGGUGCGGCGGGCCACCCUGAGGGAGAGCGACUUGGCGCCCAAGUACGAGAAGGUCCACAACUUCAAGGUUCAUACAUUCAGAGGCCCCCACUGGUGUGAGUACUGUGCCAACUUCAUGUGGGGUCUCAUCGCUCAGGGAGUCAAGUGUGCAGACUGCGGCUUGAACGUCCACAAGCAGUGCUCCAAAGUCGUGCCGAACGACUGCCAGCCAGACCUGCGGCACGUCAAGAAGGUGUACAGCUGCGACCUGACCACGCUGGUCAAAGCCCACAACACCAAGAGACCCAUGGUGGUGGACAUGUGCAUACAGGAACUCGAGGCUAGAGGUCUUCAGUCAGAGGGUUUGUACAGAAUAUCAGGCUUCAGUGAGCUGAUUGAAGAUGUCAAGCUGGCCUUUGACAGAGAUGGAGAGAAGGCUGAUAUCUCCACAAACGCUUACGAGGACAUCAACAUCAUCACUGGAGCCCUCAAACUCUACUUCAGAGAGCUGCCUAUACCCCUCAUCACAUAUGAUGCCCACCCACGCUUCAUAGACGCUGCAAAGAUUUCAGACCCAGAAAAACGUCUGGAGGCUCUCCAUGAGGCCUUGAAGCUGCUGCCGCCAGCUCACUGCGAGACGCUGCGAUACCUCAUGGCUCACCUCAAGAGAGUGACCCAGAACGAGAAGGAUAACCUCAUGUCCAGCGAGAACCUGGGAAUCGUCUUCGGCCCGACGCUGAUGAGGGCCCCCGAGCUGGACGCCAUGACGGCGCUCAACGACAUCCGAUACCAGAGACUUGUGGUGGAAACGCUCAUCACCAACGAAGACGUGUUGUUCUGAGAGGAGAGGUAGAGGAAGGACAAACAGGUUGGGAAGGAGCUCAGAUGCUUUGUCCUCCGCCUCUGAAAAGAUGGACAGAAAAAGUGACUUUUUACAAGAAAAUGAAGGAAAAAAAACAUGCAAGAUACCUGGAACAUGCAUCUUGCUAGAGAGGUCAAAAAGUACCAUAGCUGUUUUUUUGUUUGUUUUUUAGGAGUGGAUGGAAGGAACGAUGAAGGAAACGACUAUUUGCAAAGAAGGAAUUAUUAAAAACCCAUAAUGGAGACAACUAGAUGGAAGGAUGCAGUGUUUCCCCACAUUUUAAAUGCAAAACUCCAGUCAAACUCAGUCAAAAGAUACAAUUUCUUUUAUUUGUUACUACUACAAAAACUAAUAUACUGGAACACUUAAUAUUUCCAGCCUUAUUUGAUAUAAAUAAACAAUUAUGAUCUCUUUUGAUGAUGUUCUCUAUCAUAAGGAGAAAAUAACAGCAGUGUUGCAGCAGCGCUACUUUUUCUGUGUCGGGGAAACACUGUGAUCCAUCUGUAUGUUAAUAUCUUCUCUUUCUUAAAUGGAUGCAACAAUGCUGCUUUCUAAUCAGUGUAAUGACCAAAGUUUCCCUCAAAUGCUUUGCGUAGUGUCAAGGUGUCCCUUGAAUCCUCCUUGGGAGAAGAACAAGCACUGACUGCAGUAGACAGCUGGAUGAAUGAAUGAAUGGAGAAAGUGAAUCACUCACCACGUAAUGUGCACUCAUUCCUCUGAAUGGAACUUAAGUGACUUGGACCUAUUGUGUUUUCAUUCCUCCUCCUUUUUUUUUUUUUUUUUUGUUUUAAACUCUUUACUUCACAGCUCCCUCUUCUGUUCCACUGGCUGAAAAUGUAAUUAUACAGUGACCUUAACACUAACAGCUAAGUAGUUGCUAACAUAGAAAUAAUCCCUUUUUUAAUGUCAUGUUAUAAGCUUUUUGUUUAAGAAAUAUUUUUCUAGUUGUGUUGCUGUAUGAUUACAUCCAAUAAUGGAACCAAAUGAGCUGUAAAUUAAAUGGUUUAAACACUUUUUCUCACUGUCUCUGAACCAAUCCUGUGUUCUCUCACUUCUCCACCCGCCCGCUUCGCCUCUGAGGGUGAAAACCUCUUAAAAUUCGGUAUCGGUAUUUUUUUUUUUUUGUCUGCAGACGUGCAGAGGAGGCGUUUCAGAUCUAAUUUAGACGUCUUCAUCCGUCACCCCAGGGGCAGACAGACGGUGGAGAGAGGAACACAUCAUAAGUGACUUGAAAGAUAAAUAUGUGAAGCAGUGUGUUUGUUUUUGCUUUGUCAUUUGUAUAAAGCGGUAUUGUAUUUAACAAGCAGAUGCUAAAAAUACUAAUUGAAGCUCUUGAUCGUGUGCCCGAAUGCAAUCCCAGCAGAUUCAAAACGCACAAAUAAUUUUAUUGGCCCGAGCGGGAUGUCAAAUAACACCUUAUUUGAAUUUUGCCAUCCUGUCCCUACACAAAAAUGAAAGCAAAGGCGCUCAAUACAACAAUAACUCCUAAUGUUAACCCCUCUGUGUCAGUGACUGUAAUUAUAACGGUAGCUGUCGGCAUUGUCGGUUCAAAAAAUGUCCAGCUGCCACCACGUCCUCUAACUGUGAAAUCACGAGACAUAAUAAAGCUCACACACGAGUAAAGAAGACCACUUGGAGCCCUUUUUGUUUAAUUAUUCGACUGUUUUUUUAUGGUCGGACACCACACGGAUCUGGCUGAAGGUUACAUAUAUUAUAUAUAGUAUAGUGCUCUGAUGUGAUGGACGCAGUAUUAAUUGUUGCCAAUCAUCAGUAACAUGAAGGAGUGUAUUUGUCAUGACUUAAAUCCUUUUAAAGUAGUGCCAUUUGAAAAGUGUAAGGGUAGAAAUGGAUGCCUUCUGCAUGUAAUGCCCCCAUUAACCCCCCCGUAUUUGUUCAUUUCUGCCCCCACUUCUGUCGGGGGUCACUGAUUACCUUUUGCAAAGCAGUGAGGACCCCACCGGGGCGUCAACACCUGAAAAAAAAAUCAAGCGCACCCACGCUCCUCGCCGCUGCGUUGGAUGUUACAUAAGUGUAACAUGUUUCUAAAAUUAUGUUUUUAUCUUGUGUUGUUUAUUUGAACUGUUUUGUUGACUUUAUUCCUCUCUGUUGAUCCAACCGUGUACUAACUACCACCACACUAACCCGACGACAACUUGCGAGGCUUCAGUGAUCUGUGAUUCUUGCUUUCUUAUCAUGAAAUGUUUUUUUUGUUUGUUUGUUUUUUUAAACGUCAUUGCUGUAAAGUAUUUUCUAUAUGGUUUAUGCAUGGUGAAAUUAAAUUAUUAAAUAUGCCUCUCAGUUGGCACACGGC